GGCUGCGACAGUGAAUGUGCAGGAAGACAGGUACAUGCAGGCGGAGCUCCUUCUUGUGCUCUUGAUCGUUGAACUUACUACGUCUGAUCUUUCUUUGUCAGAUUUUAGCUUACAGCCAAAGCACUGUCAGAUCUACAAGAUCGCUUUGCUCUAAUAGGCUCGCUUUGCUGAGUAGGAUCAGAGAACGGGAUUUUCUUCAUGCUCAGCGGUCCAAUUAUUUUCUACAUUAGGAUCUGAAUUAGCAGUAGUAAUUAUGUGUGAAGGUGACGCGCCGUGCAUGCUGUAGGUCGAGUCUGGAGUGACUCCGGUGAUGGAACUUCGGUCGGCUUCAGGUUCAGCCUGGCUACUGCUGCUAGGAGUAUGGCGCGAUGGUGGCGAAGCCGGUGCCGUCACGAUGCACUGCUGGCACUGAAAAGUGGCCACACAGGAGGUCUGGUGACCAGUCGUACAGUGUCACUGUCAGUGAUGAGCCCAGUAGUGGAUGUGCUGCCGAGACGUCAUCAUUAUCGUCAGCUUCAUGAUGGUGGCAACUGCGCUGCACGUGGACAUGAUGUGUGUGGGAGACCGGUAGCAGGCAAGCGUGCACUGUGUCGUCGUGCCUUGCACACCAUGCCUGGGAGAACGCGCCAUGCCGGCGUUUCAACCAGCGCAGCAGCAGCGUCCAACCCGGCGCACGCCGUCCAGCGCAGGGCUUUCGUCAUGACCGCGGCGGUGAAGUAUCUGCUGACUCCAUGGCUGCGCAAGCAACGCAACAAGGUUAACGUACGGCGGCUGAACGAGAUCGGGGCCGAGAUGCUGUGUGCCGAAUGGGCUAUGAGCUUUGCGCAGUUGAGACCGCAGUCGUAUGAUCAGAUAAACCGCACAUCUGACCCAGUCGACCGAGUACCCAGCGUGCUUGUGUGCGGCAGUGUCAGUUUCCAUGGUAUCCCCCACGUGUACUGCGACGUGAACUUCUUGCCUCGUCCCCGGCCCUUCGCCCACUACAACCCCCUGGUCGUGGAAAUGGUCAACUGCUCACACAUGGAGGUCACUGAUGGAGGCCUGCGACACGUGGUGUUCUUGAGUCGACUGCGAGAGCUGCGUCUCUCGCACUGCCAGUUCGUCACCAACCGCGGCAUGGUGCACGUGGCGGGCGUGGCGCGCACGCUGCGCCGCCUGGCCAUCAACGGCUGCCGUGGCCUGAGCGAGGACUGCAUAGCCAGCAUCAGUCGCCUGCAGCACUUGGAGAGGCUGGACGUACGCGAGACGGCGCUCGUCGCGCACGGCGCACACCUGCGCCGCGCCCUGCCGCCUAGCUGUGAGCUCAUCGUGUGACUGGUAUGUGAAAUAGCACAGCAUGACUGAUUAUGACUCGUCAUGUGACUCGUAUGACUCUUCGAAUGACUUGUAUGAGUCAUCACAUGACUUGUAUGAGUCAUCACAUGACUUCCUAUGACUCAUCACAUGACUAAUGCUGGGCAAAUUCUACCGCCCAUCAUGGAGCUCAGCGUGUUAUGCGCCGUGACUGAUCCAUGCCGCUGUAUGCCAUCGUUGGUGCUCUAUCCGGUAUUGUGGAUUUGAUACUCACUGUGUUACGGUGCUGGAAUCCCGAGACCGUUUCCAGCCUUGAAAAGUCAGCGACUGGACUUGGCAUGCGUUUCCUUAUUCCCCCGUGCAGUCUGGAAGGUGCUGGCAUGUGUUGUGUUGCUAAUAACAGUAGCUUUACAGUAAUUUGCACUGGAUAUCAUUUGUUCUGGAGAGUGCUGGCAACUCCAGACUUACAGAGACUGCCUGUGAGGUAGGUUUUCGUCGUUCCUCACACACACACACACACACACACACACACACACACACACACACACACUACUACUACUACUACUACUACUACUACUGCUACUGCUACUACUACUAUUGACAGCUGCCAGAAAUGGCCACGCCGCUCCCCAAAGGGAGGAACUAUCAGAGAGGUUAGGGGAGAGGUAGGCAGUGCUUCAAAUGGCGCUCCAGGUCCACACACACACACACACACACACACACACACACACACACACACACACACACACACACACAUACAUACACACACACACACACAGCUGGUGCUACUGGAACCCUUCAUGACUGGCAGCCUGUGUAUGUGCUGAUCUUAUGGCUGCCGCAUGCUUUACUGGCGUAUUACGAUAUCUUUUUAUAUUAGUCAAUGUUCCGGAACCAAGACCUAUGCUUUGAUUGCAUGUUAUGGUCUUUUCGAUGCAAGCCAAUGUGCAUAAACUAUAAAAACACGUACUUUCUUCACAUUUCAUGAUCCUUUGUUAGUGCAGGCCGAUGUUCACAUAGACCUGUGAUCCUAUCACUCCUCAGCUUGUCUAGUGUGUUCCGCUUGUUCUCUCGCCUUGUGGAAGUGUUGUAGGGUACCCUGCUACUUGCCAGCCGACUUACUGGCAGGUUUCUGACUCUACUGGUGACUACGCACCCCCCCCCCCCCCCCCGCCUUGAUUACCAUUUCCAUUUUCAAACUAUUCUUUUGUCUAUCGACGUGUGCCGCUGCCCAGUGCUAUUACUGGUGUCCUUCCGUUGAAAUAUUUCAAUCCGUUGCAGAUUGUGUGCUCACUCCACCGUG